AGCCGAGACUCCUCCAACAGGGAAAAAAACUGUAGCGGGGGAAGCUGGUCCUGUCCGGAAAACACCGUGUCGAAGCAAGACACCACAUUUUCAAUCUCUUUCUUGGUCGAUGAAGAAGUUGGUGUCGGCUUUUCUGUCCAUCAUGUGGGUGUUGGGGAGAUGAUCUGAAGCGGAGGAAAGUUUGAGAAAAGCUGCGGUGAUAAAAUGGAGCGAGCAGCUGCGAGGAGGCUGGAGCCCUCUGCGAUAAUCCCGCUCCGCUGCUCCCUGCGCCGAGACCAGCACAAACAGCCAUAAGAUUGAUAGACUUUGCAUUUCUAUCUUACCUGAGGAGAAGAGAGUUCACUGGUAGAACUCAGUGACUGUCCUGGUCAUCCUGGUUUAUUGUAGCAUUGAAAGCUUCUGUCUGUGCCUUUGGCUGGCACGGGUUAUGAGGAUGUGCUGCCCGCAUCGGGUGCGAAGGAUCCUGACGUGAUGGGGUGCAGGACGAGCAAGGUCCUCCCAGAACCACCACCAGACGUGCAGCUAGAUCUUGUCAAGAAGCUUGAGCCUCAGCAAACUGAUGUCUAUAAGAACUUUAUUCGUGUGGAUGGCAGUGACAAGAAAACUGGCUCUCCUUCACCUCAGGGUCAAAGCCAAGCUACAGGUGCUGCCACUCAUUCCCCUACGGCAGGAAAAGGCCAGCUGGAGCCCUCUGAACCACGGCGAAAUAAAGUGGCCAAGUACCGUGCCAAAUUUGACCCUCGGGUGACAGCUAAGUAUGAGAUUAAGGCGCUCAUUGGGCGUGGCAGCUUCAGCCGGGUGGUGCGGGUUGAGCACAAGGGUACACGCCAGCCAUAUGCAAUCAAAAUGAUUGAGACUCGAUGGCGUGAGGGUCGUGAGGUGUGCGAGUCGGAGCUGCGAGUCCUGCGGCGUGUACGCCACACCAACAUCAUCCAGCUGAUGGAGGUUUUUGAGACAGCUGAGCGUGUGUACAUGGUGAUGGAGCUGGCCACAGGAGGUGAACUCUUUGACCGCAUCAUCGCACGUGGUUCCUUCACUGAGCGGGAUGCCACACGUGUACUCCGUAUGGUGCUGGACGGUGUACGCUACCUGCACAUGCUAGGCAUCACACACCGUGACCUCAAGCCUGAGAACCUGCUCUACUACCAUCCUGGUGCUGACUCCAAAAUCAUGAUCACAGACUUUGGUCUAGCUAGUACACGCAAAAAGGGUGACGAAUGCCUUAUGAAAACCACUUGUGGCACACCUGAAUACAUUGCACCUGAAAUCCUAGUACGCAAGCCCUAUACCAAUGCUGUGGACAUGUGGGCGCUAGGGGUUAUCUCCUACAUCCUGCUCAGUGGCACCAUGCCCUUUGAGGACGACAACCGCAUGCGCCUCUAUCGGCAGAUCCUGAAGGGGAAGUACAGCUUCUCUGGGGAGCCAUGGCCGAGUGUGUCCAACUUGGCGAAGGACUUCAUUGACCGUGUGCUCACUGUGGACCCGAGCGAGAGGUUGACAGCUGGCCAGGCGCUCAAGCACCCCUGGAUUGUUAGCAUGGCUGCUUCAUCUUCCAUGAAGAACCUACAACGCUGCAUCUCUCAGAACCUGCUCAAGAGGGCAUCGUCGCGCUGCCAAAGCACGAAGUCGGCACAGUCGACGCGCUCCAGCCGCUCAAGCAAGUCAGGCCGAGCACGGCGUGUCCGAGAGAAGGAGCUGAGGGAGCUCAACCGCCGCUACCAGCAACAGUACAACGGCUGAAGAAAGAAACAUGCUGUCACACUGCACAUGCUGGUACAGACACUCUGGGACCCACUAGACAUGUGCCGAUGAUAUUUUAUAGACAAAUAUAUAUUACAGAGGUGGUUUUGGGUUUUUUUUUUUUUUUUUUUUGUCACUGUCCCUGAAUUUUAUUCAAAAGGCAGUCUAAAGUCUUCACAUGGAUCCUUCUUGGUGAAGGCAGUCCCAUUAUCCUGUUCACCCCAAUAAGAAAAGUUAGGAAAAAGAUGGCAAACAGAACGAUCACUUGGUCUUCUCUGACUGAAUGAUGUAUAUAUUUUUUAAUUUUUAAAAUAUCCUUGUGAGAUCUUAAGCCAUGAGGAAAAAUUAAGCAAUUAUUUUGAUAAAAUAUAAUAUUGGCACAUGCCUAGGACCCACAUGCUGUGAGCAGAGGAGGUAAAGUGGAACAAGAGUGGUGUGUACUUACCGUACAAGUUUGAUUGACGAACUCUGAGAGACGACACCUUUGCUGACCACAGAGCCAAUUAGCAAAUAAGUAUAUCUCACUCACUAUCCAGUCCAUCUCUGUGCUGGUAUUUUUUUCCCCCUUUAUGUUCAUGUUAUGUGUGGCUUUUUUUCCCCCUUAUUUAUUUAUUGUUAAAUGAUUUUUUUUUCAUUGUUAUAUUGUCUGUAGAGUUACUGUCUGAUUUAAGCCUUUUACCUGAUUGUAUUAUCUGUUGAACAGAAUUCUACAUAAUGAAAUUGCUGGAAGGACUACUACAUCUGUGUUUGCUGUUCUUAGACCUUCCUGAUUUUUGCUGUGAAUUAUUUUUAACACUUAUAGGUAGUUGCUCUAUAGGAUGGUACUGAUGCUGUUAAUUGUUUCCCAUUUACCACCGUUUAUUGUGCCCAAAAGCAUUUAAAAUAGGAAGGUGAAACUAUGCCUUUUCUUACUAAAGAAACCACUUGGCUGAAGUUAUUUACGGGAGCUCAUUACAGCAAGUUCUUUAAUGAUACUGCUUCAAGUAAUUCCUGUCACCUCUAAGCGUUUUGAUUUACGGAUUGAUGUAGUAUGAUUUUAAAUAAAUUGAACACCCCAAGCAGUUGAGCUAAUAUGCAGUACUUAUGAUUGUAUAAGUUUCAUUCAGUUGUUGACAUGUUUUAUAUGCGAUCGUAUUAUUCAAAUCGGUCAGCUCAUGAAACCUUUUCACAUAUUUGGUAUUUGUCUUUUUUUUUAAAUUGGGUAUAGCGAAUGUGCAUAUUUUCUUACCAGGAUCAGCCUGUUAGACUGGUACCAAAAUUAAAAAAAGUGCUUAUUUAAGGAGUUAAAGGCAUUUUUGAGACAAAGUCGGCAAACAGUCUUAUUUUGUCAAUUUGGGUGUGCCGAAUUCAAAUCUGCAAUAUGCCGAGCUCUAUCUGACCUCUGUUGACCUCUAGAGGUCAUUGAACUUUGGGCCUGUAAACGUCUCGGCUGAACCCAGUUUCUCAGCUUUCUAAGGAAUGAAA